AACAGCAGAGCUGCAAUCAAGUCAAGUGUGAGUUUUCUCCGAAGAAAGAAAGUUCUUAACCACCUUAACACAGCAGAGUCUCUGCCAAACACUGUGGAUUGAAAUGGCUGCUGCCAGCUGUCUGUUAACUGAAGAUCAGUUUAUGUGCUCCAUCUGUCUCGAUCUAUUCACUGAUCCAGUUGCCACACCAUGUGGACACAACUUCUGCAAGGACUGCAUUACUACACACUGGGAUAUUAACGUCUUUUGCCAGUGUCCUCUGUGUAAAGAGACUUUCUACACAAGACCUGAGCUGCGGGUCAAUACUUUGAUCUCUCAGAUGGCUGCUCAGUUCAGACGGUCAGCUCAACAGGAAGCCAGCAGCAACACCUCAAGGCUCCCGUGUACCGGAUUGGAUGACAUUUCUUGUGACAUCUGCGUUGGAAACAAAUUAAAGGCUAUGAAAUCAUGUCUGGUGUGUAUGGCCUCCUACUGUGAGACUCAUCUGGAACCUCAUUUCACGGUCACUGGUCUGAAAAAACAUCAGCUAAUCAAUCCUGUUAAAAAUCUGCAAAGUAGGAUGUGUAUGAAGCACGAUAAACAACUGGAGCUGUUUUGCAAAACCGAUCAGAUGUGUGUCUGCAUGCUUUGCAUGGUUUUAGACCACAAGGCACAUGAUGUCAUUCCUCUAAAGAAAGAAUAUGAAGAAAAAAAGGCUGAGCUGGGGAAGACAGAGGCUGAAAUUCAGCAGAUGAUUCAAAGGAAACGACUGAAGAUUCAGGAGAUCAAACACUCGGUGCAGCGCAGUAAUGAAGCUGCAGACAAAGAGAAAGAAGACGGUGUUCAGGUCUUUAAUGCUCUGAGAGAGUUUGUUGAGAGAAGCCAGGCGAAGCUCAUUGAGACAAUUGAAGAGAAGCAGAGACCAAUACAGAAACAGGGUGAAAGCCUCAUCAUAGAGCUAGAACAGGAGAUUUCUAUGCUGAUGAAAAGAAGUGCUAAACUAGAGCAGGUCUCACACUCUGAGGACCACCUCCACCUCAUCCAAAGCUUCCCUUUCCUGAAUGCUGUUCCACCUACCAAGGACUGGACAGAGGUCUCCAUCUGUCCACCAACAUAUGUGGGCACUUGGAUGACAGCUGUGAAGCUGUCAUCCAAGUCACCCUCAUAAUGGUUUUUGGACGAUAUCUUU